AGAGGCGUGACCAGAGCUGGGUUGGGUUUUAGGUUAAGUGUGUGAGCGUUUACCUGCACGUGUGUGCACCGUGGGAUGCCUGGUGGCCUCAAGAGUUCAGAAGUGGGCAUCAGAUCCCCUGGAACUGGAGUAGGGGUGAUGGUACGUGCGGUCGCGGCGGGGGCUUUCACGGCUUAAGCGCAUCGCGGACUGAGCGAAGGUGAGGAGUUCACCAUAUCAAGCUGCUAAGAGCAGGUUCGACUGCGUCCUGAGAUUUGACUCCAGGGCAAUGUUGCAGAAGACAGUGCUCUUACUGGCCCUGGUGGCUCAGGUACUGAUGCUGGAGAAUGGGCUCCUGCGGACACCACCCAUGGGCUGGCUGGCCUGGGAACGUUUCCGCUGUAACAUCAACUGCGAGGAGGACCCAAAGAACUGCAUCAGUGAACGGCUCUUUAUGGAAAUGGCUGACAGACUGGCUCAGGAUGGAUGGCGGGACCUGGGCUAUGUAUACCUCAACAUCGAUGACUGCUGGAUUGGUGGGCGUGACUCCUCAGGCCGCCUGAUUCCUGAUCCCAAGCGCUUUCCUCAUGGGAUUGCCUUCCUGGCUGACUACGCUCAUUCUUUGGGUCUGAAGCUGGGCAUCUAUGAGGACAUGGGCAAAAUGACCUGCAUGGGUUACCCUGGUACCACCCUAGACAAAGUGGAGCUGGAUGCCAAAACCUUCGCAGAGUGGAAGGUGGACAUGCUGAAGCUGGAUGGCUGUUUCUCCACUCCCAAAGAACGUGCAGAGGGGUAUCCCAAGAUGGCUGCUGCCCUGAACGCCACAGGCCGUCCCAUUGCCUUUUCUUGCAGCUGGCCAGCCUAUGAAGGGGGCCUACCCCCCAAGGUGAACUACACUGAGAUUGCCAGCAUCUGCAAUCUCUGGCGCAACUACAAAGACAUCCAGGACUCCUGGAAGAGUGUGAUGUCCAUUCUGGACUGGUUUGUGAAACACCAGGACAUACUGCAGCCAGUGGCGGGUCCUGGGCGCUGGAAUGACCCAGACAUGCUGCUCAUUGGGAACUUUGGCCUAAGCUUCGAUGAAUCCCAGGCGCAGAUGGCCCUGUGGACAGUGCUGGCAGCUCCCCUCUUCAUGUCCACGGACCUGCGUACCAUCUCCCCCCAGAAUAUAGACAUUCUUCAGAAUCCACUCAUGAUCAAAAUCAAUCAGGACCCCUUAGGCGUCCAGGGACGCAGGAUCCUCAAGAGCGAAUCCCAUAUCGAAGUGUUCAAGAGGUACCUGUCGAACGACGCCAGCGCCCUGGUCUUCUUCAGCCGCAGGACGGACAUGCCUUUCCACUUCCAUUGCUCCCUCUUGGAACUGAAUUACCCCAAAGACAGAGUGUAUGAGGGCCAGAACGUCUUGACAGGGGAUGUCAUCAGUGGCCUCCAGACUGAAGUCAACUUCACUGUGAUCAUCAAUCCUUCAGGCGUUGUGAUGUGGUACCUAUAUCCCAUCAAAGGCCUGGGGAUAUCCAUGAUGUCCCACUUGUGAGGACCCAAGAAUGACCGGCUAUGGCAGCCCCACUGAGCCUGGACCACGGAGCCUUGGCGUGCCGAAGACAUGGCAGGGCUCUGUCCUCCCCAGGCUGCUUGGCGAUGUGACCUCCAUCAUGCCCAAAGUGCAUUUGAGGGGCCAGGUUCCAUGCCAUGCCCAGCUGAAGCAGGGGCCCUCUUGGAAACUUGGAACUCUUGGGAGAGUUUCCUGCGGCCUUCUAGCCUCUGCUCUGCCCCCACCCAGCUCAGCCAGCCUUGCUGACCAGCUCAGCCAGCUUCCCAAGCUCCCGCAGGCAGGGCCUGAUGCCCUCGGAUUCCAGCCUCUGCUCUGCCCCCACCCAGCUCAGCCAGUCUCCCAAGCCCCCGCAGGCAGGGGCCUGAUGCCCUCGGACUCCAGCCUCUGACUUUGCUGACUCAGAAAUCAGGAUUUGGAAUUUUUUUAAAUUAAGAGUAGAGACCUGACUCCUUGCCAGGAAUUCUCAGAAUCAUGUGAUUGACCUUCCUACUUGAGAAGGCCUUUACAGUUGGUACCCUGGGGAGUGAGGGAUGGAUCGGAGACCUUAGCUCCCUUAGGUCGAUAAUAAAGCUGUUUUGUUUUUUGUUUUUUUAAAAAAAAAAACUGUUCUCUAAUCAA